AUGAAGAUGGAUGAAGGCGCCAACGUCAUGCAUCACUGCAACGAGGUCCUGAACACCGCUGCCAAGCUUAGCAGCAUCGGUGCGAAGAUGGAGGACGAGGACGUCGCAAUUUGCCUGCUGCUCAGCCUCCCUAAGAGUUUUGAGAACGUUGUUCUAAACUUGGAGAUGAGCAGCGCAGAGCUUCGUACCCAAGAUGUGGUGAAGGUGCUCACGAAUGAGCACACCAAGCGCCAAGGGGAGAAGGUGACAACAACAGCGACGAUGGUCAAGACUGAAGAUGCAGCCAAGGCCUUCAACACUGAGCGCGAGCCAUACAAGUGCACCUACUGUGGGAAGGUGGGACACACCGUCGAUCGCUGUUGGUCCAAGCAGAAGAAUGAAAGUCGAGGAGCCCGACGCUGCGGCAAUGGUCGUGGACGUGGGGCAAACAAUGUCCAGUGGGGACAAUAUCGUGAUGAAGGCAGCGACUACGAUCAAGUAGCGUUUGCAGUUUCGCUAGAGUGUGGAAUCUCAGCGAAGAAGGACGUGUCCGGAAUGUGGGCCGUCGUCAGUGGUGCAACACACCACUUAUGCCACGACAAGACCAAGUUUGCAAGACUGAACAAGCGCAACGACGGUGAAAUCUUGGUGGCUGAUGGCAACAACUUCCGCUAUCUACAAGGCACCAAGAUGCACAGAAUCUGCUACAAGCCUAAUGCGAAGUCGACUUUCGUGGCUACUCGGAUGCAGACCGGGCCGGUGACCUCGCUGAUCGCAAGUCGACGUCUGGUUACAUAUUCACGCUGUUGGGUACGCCAGUGA